AUGACAAAUCAAUCAGCAUGGACAGAUGCGACUUCAACGGUGAAGUACAACGUUCACCUGGGUACCUGGAUCAACUGGUCCCGGGGGCGUGUGAUGGGAGCGACCCUCACCCUUGACCGAGUGGACGGAAACCUUCUUAUUGCCUUCACUGCCGUCUUUGUUGGAAUAGUGACUGAGCGCUUUUGGCGGAUCGCCUGCAUACUCUUCUAUAGAUGCUACUCGUCCCCUGAACCGCGUGACGCACUUUAUCACCAGCGGCAAGCAAUUCUGCGAAAUUCAGCCUCUGCUGUAUCCGCCGUGUGGACCCUUUCACAACUCCUUUGGACGUGGCAGAACCUUGCAAAGAGAUGCUUCAUUCGGGUCCUGCCCACGCUGUUGACGUCUGUCCUCUGUCUCUGUGCUUUUACAGUUGCGGGUGGUUUUUCUUCGUCCAUUUCGUCCGGUAUUGGCAAUGAAGUACUGCUCAACGGCACCAACUGCGCUGUCGUCUCGCCAUACUCCACGGAUCCCAACUCCGCCCAAAUCAUCCAACCCUACCUCUCGCAGGUAGCUCAUUCGGCUGCAAAUUACGCACAACAAUGUUAUUCUGCAGAUUCGCCCGGCAUGUUCGAUUGCGCAUACUUUGCCAAAAACCACCUUCCCUGUACAGUAGACACCCAAGCGGCCUGUCCUUUUCGCAGCAACAGUAUUUGUCGAACCAACACCUCGAACAUACGCCUAGACACUGGGUACAUUGAUCUCAGCAACGACUUCGGCGUGAAUGCACCGCCGGACAAUAACAUCCUUUUCAGGGCAGUCUUGCAGUGUGCACCACUGGAAACCCGGGGUUAUACGAAGCCUGUGGAAGGACCGCGGGACAAUUUCACUGCUUACAACUAUGGCCCGCCUAACCGAGCGAAUUACACUUACAUGGUAGAAAGUCUAGACUCACAGUACAAUAAGCAGGCUGGAAACAUGUUCCGCGGCACAGGUAGUACUUUCGUUUUGAACGAAAUGACCAAUACAGUUUACAAUCAUUCGAGUUGGGUGGAAUAUGAAGAUUUUGCCCCAAUUCCCGCCCUGUUCAAUCCCGACGGAGAUACUGUCCUGGUCUUUCUCACCGCAAACGGGAUAGAAUUCUACGACGUAACAAGUGAUCCUUGGUACCGUGCAACUGUACCAGGAGACAGUAUCAUCAUGCAGUCCGCAGAUGGGGAACUCAGGGUGUACCAACCAGAAGAGGCAGCUUCACCUAUGGGAUGUGUUCAGCAGUACCAGUUCUGCAAUCCCUCACUGUCGAACAACAGUUGCGGGCCCCUUGCGAGCUGGGUCGACGCGCAAGUUGAAUCAGCCCCUCUGUUCGGAAUAACGAUAGCGGAUUAUCAGAACGAGACCGCUCCCACUCCGAGUAGCGCGAUCGGUUCUCGCUACCAGUGGCUGAUCCACGUCCUGUCAUCUGCCCAAGCCAAUGUGCAAAAUGUUAUUAUGUAUCUCGGCCCGAACGCUCUGACGUCUCUCAAAUAUCUCAACGACGGGCUCAUGGGACCACUCCCAGUCAAUCAGUGGCAACUUGAUGUCAGCUUCUGGUGGGCCACGUACUUGGCAUCUUUGCAGGCUGCAGUUGUGAAUACGGCUCAUGGGCCGACGGACCCAGGACUCGAUCCUUACAAGAUGCUGCCAAUCAAUUCACACGCGCGAGACAUGUGCAAUAACCAGAAGAUCCGCAGUACCAACUACAUCUCGUUCAGCCUCUUCGGACUUUACUUCACUUCCAUUGCCGGCGUCCUGAUCAUCGUCAUAUCUUAUGUCUUGGAACCCAUCUUUGAAUGCCUCUAUCGCCGUCGCAAGUACAGAGAGUACACAUACCUCGAGUGGUCUGCGUCGGAGACUCUUCAACUCCAGCGCAUCGGUUUCCAAGGGACUAAUUCGGGUACCUGGUCUGGCUACACGGAUAGCAUCCCCAGGACAAGACAGGGCGAGACGCUUUCAGGACUAGCUUUGAAGUAUCCUCUGGACCUGGAUGGCAAUGAUGGCAACGGUGGACUGCCUAACAAGACGAACAGCUACACGACCGGCGCCGUCGGUGCAGUUGGUGGCGAUCAAGAGGCUGAGGUGGCCUCGUUGGAUGAUCUGCUCGAUGCGUCAGGAUCUCAGACUGAUGAAGACUCAGAUUCGCGUUAG